AAGCCAUGCAUGUUCAUAUGAUAUAUGUUAUGAUAUUCAUAUGUUAUAUGAAAAAAAGCUUUAAAAUAAAAUGUUAUUGUCCAGGUUACUAUGUGUUAAAACACUGCGACAGUAAUUCAGGCACAGAGUGUAUCCAGUGCACUGGAUCAACCUACACCGAUAUCCCAAAUGUUCUGAUGGCAUGUCUCCCCUGCACUGUGUGUAAGGAAGGUGCUGGGUUAAGGGUAAAGAUAAAGUGUACAUACAUUUCAGAUGCACUCUGUGAGCCUUUGCCAGGACAUUAUUGCACAGAACCUCAACGUGAGAGCUGCAGGAAAGCCCAAGAGCACUUAACCUGCCUUCCUGGACAAUACAUCAACCAGACCGGAACUGCUUUAACGGAUACAGUAUGUACGGACUGCUUUGCCGAGACAUAUUCAAAUGGUUCUUUUCUGCAUUGUAAACCACAUACAAAUUGUGAGUCUUUGGGGCAGAUAACAAUCACACAAGGAACACAGUCAAGUGAUGCAGAGUGCUCCCAUAAACCGUCGCAUUUAGGGCUCAUUGCCGUUAUUUUGUUGCUACUCAUAUUGUUGAUUGUCAUCAUAAGUCUUUUAAUAUGGAAAAGAAAGAAUAAUUUUAUUAGUUGA